CGGAUCUCACCGUCGUCUUCGUCGGCAGUGCGCUCGCACCGAUGCGACUUACAACGGUCGCCGACGCGUUAUACGUCCGACGUCCAUUGAGGAAAAAUGGGUGCCAAUCAGUCGACCCGGAGCGCGCCCACCCCCGGAGAAGAAGUGAAUUUCGAUCAUUUUCAAAUCCUACGCGCCAUUGGGAAAGGCAGCUUCGGCAAGGUCUGCAUCGUGCAAAAACGUGACAGUACCGGCAAUAUGUACGCCAUGAAGUACGUACAUAAAAACGAGUGCGCGGAACGGGGCGCCCUGAAGAAUGUGGCGAGGGAGGUGGAGAUCCUGUCGAAGUUGGAGCAUCCCUGCUUGGUGAAUUUAUGGUUCAGCUUCCAAGACGAGGAGGACCUCUUCAUGGUGUCGGAUCUGCUUUUGGGCGGCGACCUGAGGUACCACAUCCAGCAGGAGGUUGUGUUCGGCGAGGAGAGCGUCGUGCUGUUCGUGGCCGAGAUCGCGCUGGCGCUCGAUUACCUGCAGACCCACAGGAUCAUCCAUCGGGAUAUCAAGCCGGACAACAUACUGCUGGACGAGGAGGGCCACGCCCAUGUGACAGACUUCAACAUCGCGACUGUACUCGAAGACGGACAGUUGGCGACUUCCAUGUCCGGGACAAAACCGUACAUAGCCCCGGAGAUUUACAUGUGCUCGUGCGAGGAAUACGGUGUUCUCGGCUACGGAUUCGCCGUGGACUGGUGGAGCCUGGGAAUUCUCGCUUGGGAGACCCUGGCCAUGGAGAGACCGUAUCCGCUUCACUCCACGACGUCCAACAGAGAAGCUCUAAGGAUCUUGAAGGAGGAAAGGCAGUCACCCUCGCACUGGGGCUCGUCGAUACGCGAUCUCCUGGACCGCCUGUUAACCCUCGCACCGAGCGCCCGAGUGUCGUGCUUGAAAGAAUUGAAGCGGGCGAGAGCGAUGAAGAACCUGGACUUCGACAAGGUGCUAAACAAGCAGAUAAAGCCGGCCUUCACCCCGCCGAAAGAUCACCUGAAUUGCGACCCCACCUUCGAGCUCGAGGAAAUGAUAAUCGAGACGAAACCCCUGCACAAGAAGAAGAAACGCCUGGCUAAACAGAGGUCGCUGAGGGUCGACUCGGCGGAGGAUGCUGGGUUCGCCGAUGGGGCUGGCUCGAGCGUAGACACACGGAGAUUAGCCUACAUCCCGGAAUACCGGGUGUACAAUCGCGAGCGCGAGAUCGAGAGACAGGAGAGAGAGAAGAAGGAGAAACAGUGGGAGGAGGAACUGAACACUGCCAUGAAGGGUGCCGAAGAGAGACUCAAAACAAAGCAGCAACAUCUGCCGGCCCAGCGAACCGGAAACCGACUGAGCGUCUCGACGACGAACGUCAAAGCGCGCAUAAACGCGUCGCCGAGGCAAGGUCGCCGAGCGAGCACCACCGCGUCCUCGGACAUCGACUUCAUCGACGCGAGUCCGGAGCCUAGCACGUCUUAGAUAACGCCGGACGCUAUAUUCGACGUAGCCUACCUGCCUGCGACCAGUAGACUCCUUCAAUCUUAUACGAAUGCGCACCGAAUUCCCCGACGGAAGUCCUUCGCACUUAUCAUUAAAAAAAAAAAAGAAGUGUGUCUCUCUAAUAUUCAAUUAUUUCUCACGCUAAAAUGUAAGACGAGGAAGCGAGAUACCAUUGUAGAUGAAGUUUUUAUACUCUUCUUGACAAGAUAUAUAACGACGACAUAUGACAUAGUGACAUAGUACUCCGCUCUUAUUUUUUUAUCUAUCGCGAUUCAAUGUGGGAUGAUUUAUCUUUAACGCCCCUCCUCUACGAGCUCCUACAUUGAGUCUUCCCUUCGCAACGCUUGCUUUCGAUUAUACGCUUCGAAAAGAAUCGGGAUAAACGCGAGUUUUAAGGCCUCCGUAUACUAUCUGGUGCUACGACAAAAUUAUGCUUAUCCACGGCGGAUUCGUUGUUUUUUGGGGGAAAUUUUACAGGUAGACGCUGAUAGCGCACACCGGUUACCGGAUAUCGGUUCGCUAACUAUAACUAUCUUCAUCCGCGAUACCCUGAAAAUGUGGAUAGCAGCUGGAGGUAACCGCACGUCGCCGUAAGCUCUAUCAGACUCCAGCAGUGCGCGCUUAAUUAAUCACUGUACCAGGAAACGUGCAUUUAUAAGAUUACCAUCCCGGAUUAUCCCGCGAAUUCCGACUAACAGCGGCGCAAGCUUGUUCUCGGAGCAACGAGAGAGAGAACGGAGGGGGAUGAUCUUCUUUAUUCGAAUAGCAAAUUUUUUUUUUUUUUUAUUUUGCCUCAAAGACCCGAUUGCGUUAGACGAUCCUUAGAAUUAGGACGCACGCCUUUGAUAAAUAUAAUAUAAAAAUUAAUCCUUUCAGUACAAAUUGCGGUCAUAUACCGUGCAUCGCUUUUAAAAGGGAAAAAUUAUCUUCCAUCUCACUUUUUCCGAAAAUCACUAUGUGACAUGAAUUUAUGCGCAUUGGUAUCUUAAUACCGUGAAAAACUCUGCAGCGUUAACUAUAGAAUCAUAACGACGAAUUACGUUUAAAAUGGCGCGAGAUAAAAAGAAGGAUUACAGAUGAUAAAAAAAAAGAUUUCAAAAAUCUUGGUGGUCCAAGAAUGCUAAAAGUGAGUCGAGAUGAAUGUGUGAGAGAGAUCAAUUUUAACUGACAUGGUACUGAAGGGAUUACGGCGUACAUUAACGACUACUUUGUUGACGGGAGACUCUGGGAACAAAAUAUGACCUACAUAUAAUAAAUACAUAUAUAUAUAUAAAUGUUUUGUUCUAUAAAAAUAUAUGUUGUUUAGAAGCGAGCUAUGUACGAAUUGAGAAUAAAAAAAUAUCUUUGACAUGUU